AUGAAUCCCGAAACCCCCCAAGAACCCGAAUCCCCGGGAUAUACCCUCCGCACGCACCGACCAGGGGAUAUAGGCUGGAUAAUUCACCGCCACGCAACACUCUACGAGAAAGAAUACGGCUGGGGCACAAAAAUGGAAGCUCUAGUAUGCAAAGUGGGCGCCGAAUUCCUCGACAACUACGACGCAUCUACAGACCGGUGCUGGAUCGCCGAGCGCAACGACGAGUUCCUCGGCUGUAUAGUUCUGGUCCGAGACAGAGAGCUCGUCAACACAGCCAAGUUGCGUCUUUUACUUGUUGAACCUAGCGCGCGGGGUCUUGGGCUCGGCCGUGCUUUGAUCGAGCAGUGUACGCGGUUUGCGCGCGAGACGGGGUAUGCUCGGAUUCGGCUUUGGACGCAGAAUGUGCUUGUUUCGGCUAGGAGGUUGUAUUCGAAGGAGGGGUAUCGGCUUGUUAGCUCUGAGGAUCAUGGGGUUUUUGGUGAAGGACAUUUUGGGGAGUGUUGGGAGUUAGUUUUGUGA